AUGGACAUAUGUGGAGGUGCAUGCAGUGGAAAUGCAACACAGUCUCGUCAGCGAUGCAACACGGUCGCAGCUGGUCCGUGGAACUGCAGCAGACCCGGAGCUAAAGAAGUUGUGGACUGCCUCCGGGAGAAUCGUCCUGUGCAAGGGUCAUAUAAACCAUUUUCUGGAGAGCUGACGGAGGUGGAAGGUAUGCUCUUCAAAGGUACGAAAGUGGUUGUCCCCCGAGCUUUGCGUAAGAAGAUACUAGAGCGGAUUCAUGAGGGCCACUUGGGGAUCAACAAGUGCAGAGCCAGGGCAAGACAGACAAGCCCGGCCACAAAACCAGCUAACGACAUAGCGGCCUUGAUUCGGCGUUGUCAUAUUUGUCAAAAGUUCGCCUACCAACAGUCACAGGAGCCAUUAAUGAUGCAGGAGACACCCAGUCUGCCCUGGAGAAGUAUUGGCGUAGAUCUGGUUGAGUAUGCUGGCAAGACCUACAUCACAGCCUAUGGUGCGUUCUCAAAUUACCCAGAAGUGGAGAGGCUUAGAGAAGCGACAGCGGAAGCGGUCAUCAAAGCAUUGUGCACUAUGUUUGCGAGACAUGGCAUACCUUUAGAACUUUGUAGCGAUAACGGACCACAGUUUACGUCCAAGCAGUUUCAAGCAUUCGCUGAAAAAUGUGAUUUUAAACAUAUUACAUCGAGUCUGCACUUUCCUCGAUCUAAUGGCCUUGCAGAAAAGGGGGCACAGGAGCUGAAACGCAUCCUUAAAAAGACAUCAGAAGCAAACGAGGACUUCUGGCUCGGACUGCUCAGUUACAGAUCGGCACCUCUGGAUGAUUGUCGCAGCCCUAGCGAGUUGUUAAUGGGAUGUCGAAUUAUGUCCCGGCUUCCGGACUUUUCACCACAUAUUCCAGUGGCUCCCACGAAGCGUCAACAAGCAUGCGAUAGCGGAGUACCCUUGCGGCCGCUUCAAGAAGGGGAUCUGGUGCGGAUCAGGUAG